UUUGGUGCUGUCUCUUUGUGGUCGGGAACAUAAACAACCCAUUUCUUGAGCAAGACGCUUUGCAAACCGAAGUUUGACACAGUUAGGAAGAGCUCAUUGUUCAUUUGACCAGUAUACAUUUUGGACGCUUCGUAUUCUCAACAAGGUCAGUCAUGAGACUCCACCUUCCUGUUCUGGUCUGCCUGGUAGCAGCUCUGUCCUCUGCUGCCAUUCCGUCACCGCGUGAUUUAUGGACUAAACUGAUCCUGACCCAGCAGUGGCCCAACACCUUCUGUGCUAUGGAACAUUGCCAUCCCAACUUUACCUACUGGACGCUCCAUGGACUGUGGCCUGAUAAAGGGAACCACUGCAAUUCCUCCUGGCAUUUCAACUCCUCUGAAAUAGAGGAUCUGCUCCCAGACAUGAGGAAGAGUUGGCCAGACCUGCUUAAUCCUUCAUCUGUACAAUUCUGGAAUUACGAAUGGUCUAAACAUGGAACAUGUGCGGCUGAAGCAGCUUCCCUGAAUAGUCAACAUAAAUACUUCAGCAAGGCGCUGGAAUUAUAUCAUAAGGUGGAUUUGAACAGCAUCCUGCUGAAGCUUAACAUCAUCCCAUCAUCUGACAAAUACUACAAUUUUUCAGAAAUUGAGGAAGGGCUGGAAAGGUUUUAUGGUGUGAAAGUUAAAAUUCAGUGUGUGCAUCCAUCAAAGAAUUCUGAGCCCCAGAUCUUGGGACAGAUUGAGAUCUGUUUCGACGCUGAAUUCACUCUGCAUGACUGUGGGAAGCAUUUUUCCAUCGACACUUUUUCAAGAGGACUCGGGGACCAUCCUCUUGGUGUAAACAAUCCGUCUGGACUCAGCGUUUGUGCCCAUGAUAUACCAGUUUAUUACCCGCCUACUCCUUAAAUGCAAACAUUCUCAGACAAAGGAAGUGUCACACACUACUAAUCUCCUUUUUUUUUAUGCACAAAAAAAAGGUUGGGGUUAACCAUAACCCUAGCUUUUGUUUGUAAAUGCAUUCUCAUUUAGCCUGCACAUUAAUAUGUAACCACUCUCUCGCUCUGUACUAUGGGAGGAAAGUUUGAAAUCAAAUUUACUUUAGCCAAAAUCAUAUUUGCAUUUACAGAAACAAAAAUGAAAGAUAAACAUGGAAGCUAAAUAUUUUUGGAGUAACCUCUUUAUCAUGCCAAUGUCCCUAAAGUGAAGAGGUUUAAGCUGGGUUUGUACUCGCUGCAUGGAACAGGGCUUAAGGUGGUGCAACUCAGCCUUUCUGUAACUUUGCGUGGACAAAUUCUUUUUUACUGACGUCAAAUGGGUUGAAAGUUUCAAGCGGCAACAUUUUGUUAAAUGCUCUAUUGUUACUUUUUAAUCUGUGACUUCAAACUACAAACACAAAUUACUGGUAUACCUUCAGGGGUACGUUUAUUGGCCAGGUUUGAGUACAAACAAGGAUUUAAAUUUCUGUUUCCAUCACUUGUAGAGUAAAUUCAGCCUAAACAACCCCCCACAGAAGUUAAGCCAUCAGCUUUUAUUUAGUAUGGCCAAGUUUUUCUUUUUUUUAAUCUUUUAUUUAAAAGAGAUCCCUCUGGGAUUUACAUACCUGCUGUAUUCUCCAUCUUCACAAAUUCCUCUAUGCAAGAGAUUAACAUAUCAUCUUCUUCUUUACCUCCACCCCUGUUUAUUUCUGUUUAACUUCCACAAACACAUGAACUAUUCAUCAGACACAAAAGACAGCAGAAUUUAGGUGGUUGUGAGGAUUCAAGUCAGACUCUGUGAUAACAUUAAUGAGUUAGCCUAGUGAGAUAGUUUUGAUUUCCUCCCUUUCCUUCUGUCUUACUGCACUAUGCUGGAGGACAUUCUUACCCAUCUACCCAUGGAUAUUGUCAACACACUGCCUUAGUGACUACCAGACCAAUGCAAUGUGAUUAGACAGAAAAAAAGUAUAUUUUUGCAUAGCUGUUCUGGGAAAACUGGUAUUUUAUAAUCUGAUUUAUAAUCUAAUGCUGAAUAGAAUAAGACAAACAAUAGAGUCCCAUGUGUGAUCUUUGUUUUUUUCUGAAUUAUAGCCCAAUGUUGUUGAAAUCUGCCUAACUUGAUCUGGAUUGCAGGUAGUUAUGUAGUGCCUUUUCAAGUCAGAUGACCCCAAAGCUCAUUACACUACAUUCAGUCAUUCAUACACUUAUGGUUGCAAGAUACAUUGAAGCUACAGCUGUCCUGGGGCUCACAAACAGAAGCCAGGCUCCUGAAAAUAAGGCAACACAGACUCUCUGACCACCAUCAAUAGGCUGCAGGUAAAGUGUAUUUACCAAGAAACAACUUAGCCUGAUGGAGCCGUUGUUUAUUAAUGAACUUUUUUUUAUUUAACUUUACAUAAAAUGUAAGGUUAGAUAUGGGCCUUUAAAUACUUUGUAUUUGUAUUGUUAUUCUUCAACAUAAAUGAAGAAGUUCAGUUCAGCAAAAAAAGCAAAGACUAACAACAAAUAAUGUUGACAAUAUAAUGCAAGAGGAAAUUAUUAAUAGAGAUAUGAACGAAUGUGAGUAAUAAUAUUUGAAAAAAGACAUAGAGGUAGUAUUUCGUAAUUAAACAUAAAUCCCUAAAAAUCAUUUCUUUUUUAAAGACCUCAUAGUUGUAUUUCCUUUUUUUUGUGGAUUUAAAGUUGAUCCAGGGAAAUCUGAAGGGUUUUUCUUAUGGUGAAAUAAAAUUGUCUUUUUUUUUU